AAUGUUGGUUGGACACAUAAUUAUCCUCAUGAAUCAUUUUUACCCGAUAUUUUUUAGAGUGUUCGAGUUCUCCACCCUUAAUAAGUUAAUGCUGUUUUUUACAUAUACUCCAGCAAUUUGCAAGAACUUUACAUGGGAAUCAUCGUAUGGACAAGUCCAUUUUCUUGAAGGGGAGAACGGGGCGUGGGCAAACUCAUCGGGAGCUCAUUAUUGCCCAUUCAACCGGACGAACGCUGACGGACCGGUCGGGCUUGCCAAAUGCGUUGGGGAUCUGAUUUCACAAAGUGUGUGGCUUCCUAGGGAUAACUGCGGACGAAUCAGGGACGUACGCGACUUGCUCGAGGAGUUUUCAAAGGUAAAUGUUUCCGAUGAGAAUGUGAUCGAGUUUACCGAGGAAGUGGCAGUGGUGACGAGUAAUACUGAAGAUAUUGAGUCUGAUGAUAUAUCCAAGAUUGCCGAAAUCAUUACUGAUAUUGGUGUCGCUCAACAGAAUUACAGUGAAAAGGUGACUGAGUCUGUGGUUGCCAUUGUCAGCAAUAUUGUCGAGGUGGAUAAUGAAAUAUUGAGUUCAUCCGAAGAGGGCACCCUUGAUGACAUUGUUGCAGCAUUUGAGGAACAAAUAAGCAAUAUACCGGUCCAAGCGGCCGGGGCCGAUGAAAGUGUCAACAUUCAACAACCGAAAGUAGCAGUCAAGGUUCAAGGCGUACCGCGUAAAGAAAUCCAACAUGGCAUUGUUCUGACGGUAAGGACUGACAGUGCGGAUGAUCUAAGCGAAUCGGAAACAAAAAUACAAACAUCAAAAGAUGACGAUGAUGAUCAGGGUGAUGAUGACGAUAAAGGUGAUGGUGCUUCUCCUGAUCGAGAGACUCUCGCUGUCGUUAACAUACCGCCCGAGCUUUCCGAAAAAAUCGCACCACAGCAGCUCAAUGCUACCAAUUAUGUCAACGUGUUCUUUGUCGUAUUCUCCGACCCAUCCCUCUUCGUUUCAAAAACAUUGAAGAAUGAGAGUGUUGACAGUCCCCAGCCGAAGAGGGCAGCAAACACACCCGUGAUAUCGCUGAGCGUUGGGGAAGAUAAAAUUGAUAAUUUGACGAACCCUAUCAAUUUUACGUUUUCCCCGCUCGAGCCAAAACAAACCAAUCCUUCGUGCGUGUUCUGGAAGGUGAACGAUGAGGGCGUCGGUGACUGGUCUAACGAGGGAUGUCAGCUUCUUUCAGUCACUGGAAUAAGAGAUCCUGGUGUACAUGCCAACUGUCAUGACCCAACUAAGGAGAAGAUCGUUUGCGGUUGUAACCAUCUCACCAACUUUGCCGUCCUUAUGGAUGUUUACAGAGAGGAUCGUUCGUCGGAUCAAGCGUACAAAGUGUUAACCUUCGUAGGAUGUGGCCUUUCCGUCAUAAGUCUACUUAUCACCCUGGCAACAUAUCUAACAAACAAGGUUCUGAGAGAGAAACAGACGAACAAGAUCUUUAUCUGUCUCUGUGCGACACUACUCUGUCUGUACAUAUCAUUCAUUGUUAUGAUGAUGCUUGACACUGCAAGGCAGGAAUGCCGCAUUAAGGACAUCGGAUGCGGAUUCAUCGCCGGUCUCAUCCACUACUUCGUACUGUCGUCAAUGACCUGGAUGGGAGUCGAAGGAUACAACACGUACCUCAUCAUCGUCAAGAUCUUCGAUACUUACAUCGAGAAAUUCAUGCUCAAGGCCUCUGUUGUCGCAUGGGGCUUGCCUGCAGUUAUCGUCAUCGUGACUGGAUUCAGUAGCCAAGAAAAAUACAUUCAUAAGGAUCUAUGUUUCCUGGAAGUGACGUCUCAGAUCGGAGGACUCCUCAUACCCAUCACCAUCAUCGUCCUCGUCAACGCCGUCAUCUUUGCCCUGGUGGUGCGCCAGCUGAUGAAAUCCUCAAACGUUGCCGGUCGCGUUCGGGAUGCUAAAUCCGAACGGCGGGAAACCAUUGAACGGGUUCAGAACGCCAUCUGUAUUCUUCUUCUGCUUGGCCUGACAUGGAUUAGUGGCUACUUUCUCUUGAUCCCGCAUUUCAGUCAGAUAGCGGAACCCAUCUUCAUCAUGCUGAACGCGUUCCAGGGCCUGUUCAUCUUUCUUCUGUACUGUGUUCGUAAACCAAUGGUUCGCAAGCAAUGGGGACUGACCUGCCUUGGUCGCGGCCAUAGGCAAGACACGACCCUAUCCAGUAGUGGCAUGCACAGCUCCAAGAACAUUUCUGCAGCAAAUACUUGUUCCAGCUCGAUGAUGAGCUCGAUGUCGCACUCGAUGCCGAUGGAGAAGACCCCGAUGCUGGAAGUCCUGGAGGAGAAGAACAUUCAAAUAUCCAACUUCUAAGUAAUCAGUGUCCUUACGUGACGUCAAAUGGGUGGAGCCAUGAUCAUCAAGUCAUGGGCGAAGACAUGUGGUUGGAGUCACAGGAUAGCUUUUAGCCCAGCGCACACUAUGCGAUCCAAUACAACGCAAAUUUAUAAUAAAGUGCAUUUUGCAUUUAAUAUUAAAGUUCAAAGAAAAAAAUUACUUCAUUUGAAGUUCGAUAUAAAGUUAGGAAUAACAAAAUCAUAAAUUUCCUUUGCCUAUUGUGGAGUAAAAUCAGCUUCAAGUCACGGCCAAUGUUGACGUCAUUGUGAUUUUAAAUUGCAUCUGCUUUUACUCCUACAGGGAGGCUCGAAUUAGACUGGAUUUUGAUUCCAGCUGUCGUACCAUUAUUUAUAUCUCUGAUCGCUAAGAUAUCAUUGGAUGGAAUGUUCAUAUCAAAUGUUAUUAUAAUUUCUUUGAAAAUCAGAUUGCAAUGAGUCGCAUAGUGUGCGACAGGCAUAAAGGGAUGUUCACCCUGACAAAAGAAAAUUAUUGUAAAAAUAGCAGAAGACGGGAUGAAGAUAUUGCCAAGGGUUUGAGAAAAAUCCAUCAAAGAAUAAAACAGUUAUUACAAUUUAAAUAUUUGAUUUGUGACGUCAUAUGCGAGCA